AUGGUGAUGUCCCAGGGCACCUACACCUUCCUCACCUGCUUCGCCGGCUUCUGGCUCAUCUGGGGCCUCGUGGUCCUGCUCUGCUGCUUCUGUAGCUUCCUCCGCCGCCGCCUCAAGCGGCGCCACGAGGAGCGGCUGCGGGAGCAGAACCUGCGCGCCCUGGAGCUCGAACCCCUAGAGCCACUGGAGCCCCUGGAGCUGGAGGGCAGCCUGGCCGGGAGCCCCCCCGGACUGGGGCUGGCCCCAGGACUGGCCCCGCAGGCCCGAGUCCGCCUGGAGGCCCCUGGCCAUACCCAUGCCCUGCACCACUCGGCCCCAGCACAGCACCAGCCCCACCCAGCCCACCAUCACCCGCACCCGCCCCACUCGCAUCCGCACUCUCAUCCGCACCCGCCUCACGUCCUGGUGCCGCCCCGGCCCUGGAGCUACCCGCGCCAAGCCGAAUCGGACCUCUCCAAGCCCCCGUGCUACGAGGAGGCGGUGCUGAUGGCCGAGCCACCGCCGCCCUACAGCGAGGUGCUCACAGACACGCGCGGCCUCUACCGCAAGAUCGUGACACCCUUCCUGAGCCGCGACAGCUCCGAGAAGCAGGAGCAGCCGCCCAACUACAAGCCGCUCUUUCUGGACCGAGGCUACUCGUCGGCGCUGCACCUGCCCAGCGCCCCGCGGCCCGGCCCGCCCUGCCCCGCCCUCUACCUGCAGGCCGAACGCUCCCGCCGCGUCUUCCCCAGCUGGACCGACUCGGAGCUGAGCAACCGCGACCCUCUGGAGCACGGAGCCUGGCGCCUGCCCGUCUCCAUCCCCUUGUUCGGGAGGACUACAGCCGUAUAGAGGGGGUGGCCCGAGCCCCUGCCCCCUGGCCCCACCCCAGGGGCUAAGCGCCCGGACCGGAGCCAGCGCUGCCCCACUCC